ACGCGGCGCGGGCGCGCGGCCGGCGGCGGUUGGUGGCGCGUGGGGCCGGCGGACGGUUGAUGAGAGCAGAACUCGCGCUCAGGCAGCGAGAGCCGGCGCCAUGGUGGAGAAGGAGGAGGCCGGCGGCGGCAUCAGCGAGGAGGAGGCGGCGCAGUAUGACCGGCAGAUCCGUCUGUGGGGAUUGGAGGCCCAGAAACGGCUGCGGGCCUCCCGGGUGCUUCUUGUCGGCAUGAAAGGCCUCGGGGCUGAAAUAGCCAAGAACCUCAUCCUGGCAGGAGUGAAGGGCCUGACCAUGCUGGAUCACGAACAGGUUUCUCCAGAAGACCCCGGAGCUCAGUUCCUGAUCCGUACUGGGUCGGUUGGCCGAAACAGGGCCGAAGCCUCUCUGGAGCGAGCCCAGAAUCUCAACCCCAUGGUAGAUGUGAAGGUGGACACUGAGAAUAUAGAAAACAAACCCGAGUCGUUUUUCACUCAAUUUGAUGCUGUAUGUCUGACUUGCUGCUCCAGGGAUGUCAUAGUUAAAGUUGACCAGAUCUGUCACAAAAAUAGCAUCAAGUUCUUUACAGGAGAUGUUUUUGGCUACCAUGGAUACACAUUUGCCAAUCUUGGAGAGCAUGAAUUUGUAGAGGAGAAAACCAAGGUUGCCAAAGUUAGCCAAGGAGUAGAAGAUGGACCUGAUACCAAGAGAGCAAAACUUGAUUCAUCUGAGACAACUAUGGUCAAAAAGAAGGUGGUCUUCUGCUCUGUUAAAGAGGCACUGGAAGUGGACUGGAGCAGCGAUCAAGCCAAGGCAGCUCUGAAGCGCACGACCUCGGAUUACUUUCUCCUUCAAGUGCUCUUGAAGUUCCGCACGGAUAAAGGAAGAGACCCGAGUUCUGAUACCUUUGGGGAAGAUUCUGAGUUGUUGCUCCAGAUUCGAAACGAUGUGCUUGACUCCCUGGGCGUUAAUCCUGACCUGCUUCCCGAAGACUUUGUCAGGUUCUGCUUCUCCGAGAUGGCCCCCGUGUGUGCCGUGGUUGGAGGGAUCUUGGCCCAGGAAAUUGUGAAGGCCCUGUCUCAAAGGGACCCUCCUCACAACAACUUCUUCUUUUUUGAUGGCAUGAAGGGGAAUGGGAUUGUGGAGUGCCUUGGCCCCAAGUGAACCCACGACUUGGCAACCCCAGAGAUGCCAACCCGCAGCAUGCCCACGUGUGUCCCCUGUCCCCUUCCCCCACGAAGGCAUCUCCGGGGAGGGAGAGGGGGAGUCAUUGGACCAGUACAGACCGUGUCCUGCGACCACUGAGGUGGACGGAUGUGCCACUUCCCAGUACCAGCAGCUGCUGAGCAGGGGGCGCGGGGUCUGGCUCUCUCCACCCCGGCACUGUCGGGACUGUACCAGCCCCCGAGUGGCCAUCACCUGAAAGCCCCUCUGAUGCCUCUCUGUCCUGGUGCCACCACGGCAUCACCAGCCCUCUGGGGCACCGUGGGAGAUGCCUGCCAGGAACCAGCGCGCCUUGUUGCCUAGGAGCCCGUACCGCCGUCUUGGACUUAUUCCCCGCCUGAUGUCAUACAGAGAGAGCACGACUUCGGGUGGGGACCGAGGCCCAGGUCCGAGG